CCAGAGUGCCCUCUCGUUAAUUUUGAGAAACUCUAUGCCUCACACGACCUGCUAUAUAAACUUAUAUAGAAGGUCGUGGUUCCUCAUCUGCCUCCUCCACCAUGCGCGUUUGGGAGGCACGGCAUGUGCGCGGCUGAAAAUUCGGACUCGCUGUUGAUGGUCUUGCACGGUCCCUGCAAGCAGUGACCCUUUACAGCUAUGGCCCGUAGCGAUGAUUUGGAUAACAUUUCUCCGUCAACCUACGAAAAGGUGAAGGACAGAGUGAGAACUGCUGAAGAACUCAACGAGGAGAUUGAAGAUCCAAUUGACUCGCGAGAGAUUUUCGAUCACAUUCGGUCUAUCAACGACCCUGAGCAUCCCCUCACUUUGGAAGAAUUGAAUGUUGUUGAUGAAAAGAACAUAACGGUGGACCUGGACAAGUCUGCCAUUGACGUGGCCUUUCGGCCAACAAUACCCCACUGCAGCAUGGCGACACUCAUCGGGCUCGCCAUCAGGGUCAAGCUGCUUCGUUGCUUGCCACCUGUAUUCAAGGUGGCUGUUCGGAUUCUUCCCGGAACUCACGUGUCGGAAUCGGCGAUCAACAAGCAGUUGGAGGACAAAGAGCGAGUUGCUGCUGCUUUGGAAAACUCGCACCUGCUUCGAGUUGUCAACGGGUGCCUUAUGGAACGUUAAAAGCACUGAUAAUGGAAAGUAUUUUAUUUGUAUAAAUGAGCAAGUGAUUAUGUGUAAAUAUACAAUAAAACCUCAGUGAUAAGA